AUGACCCCGCUCAAAAACAACGAUAUUAAUGCAUUUGAGAGGUUCUCAGAUCUUGUUCGCGUAUCGGUUGUGAAGUUGAAGGCAGACGGUAGAGAUGGCGAGUUAGGGGAAGGGACAUUGCAUAGUUUGUUGGUUAAGAAGCUUACGGAUAGGCAGGUGGAAAAUUAUAACCGGUGGUUGGGGGAGAAUAAGAAGAUGCGAUCUGUGUUGAAUCUCCGGGAUUGGUUGAAGGAAGAGGUUCGAAUUAAGAUAGAGGCUGCUGAGAUGGUGAAUGGGAUUGAGGAUGGCGGUGACAGAGGCGGUAGAAAGAUUGAGGGUAGUCGUGGUAGACAUGGUUUUAGGACGGGGGACAGAAAUAGUAGUCGUUCGUUUUUCAGUGAUGGCGUAGGAAGUAGCAAACCACCAUGUGCUUUGUGUAUGGGAAACCAUGGAGUGUGGGCAUGUAAGAAGUUUCAGGGAAUGUCGGUUGAAUCUCGAUGGACGGUUGCGAAAGAAAAACAUCUGCGUUUUCGGUGUUUGGCCAAUAACCAUACGGGAAAGUUGUGCACGCGGUCAAAGGUGUGUAAUAUUGAUGGGUGUAAAAGAAACCAUCAUACGCUAUUACACGAUACACUACCGAAACAGCAAGACGGCCAAGACAGAACCAAUGUUGAACCACGGGAGGGGGAGCAUCAACGUACUCUUACAUCGGUAAACGAAGGCGAAAGAGCGGAGACAUUGUCACUGCGAACAGUUCCCGUUUGGUUAAAGGCUAAUAAGCGGAAGAUAAAGAUCAACGCGAUUUUGGACGAUGCCUCAAACGAAACCUUUCUAAAUGAGGAAGUUGCGGGAGUACUCGGGUUAUCUGAACCAUUUGAGACUGUGAAGGUACAUGUUCUGAACAACGAAGUGGAGACUUUUCAGUCAAUGCCAGUGAAACUAACAAUUGAGAGUGUUGAUGGUCAAUUCAGCAAAGAAAUACAAGUAAAAACUUGUCCAAAGAAGGUGACCGGAACGUAUAAAGUAGAGGACUGGGGUAAAAGCAAAGGGAACUGGCCUCAUCUUAGGGAGUGUGAAUUUGCCAAACCUGCAAAAGACGGGCUGGUAGACUUACUAAUCGGUGUUGACAAUACGGAACUGCAUUAUUCCAGAGCAGAUGUCCGGGGCAGUGUUGGAGGUCCAGUUGCUCGACUAGGUCCACUCGGGUGGACUUGCAUAGGGGCGCCAGAAGAUCGCAAAGUUGCUGGACCUAGAACUCAUGUUAUACGAACCCACCUAUUGGCUAAUCCAGUCAAGAUUGACAAUGGAAGUGUUUGCUGUGAUGUUGACCAGUCUAUUAAACGGUUUUGGGAAAUCGAGAGUUGUGGCACUGAAGCUUGUGAGACUAAGAUUUACACUGAAGAAGAAAAUGUAGCCCUAACGCUGGUCAAGGAAUCGUUGAGCUACGAUAACACUACUCAUCGAUACACUGUGGGAGUUCCGUGGAAGGUUGGUCGUCCGAAGUUGCCAGACAAUCGCGAACAGGCCACAUCCCGUUUGUGCAGCACGGAAAAGAAGUUGAAGAAGGACGAAUUUCUGAAGAACGAGUACCAGAAAACUAUCGACAGGUAUAUCGAGAAGGGGUAUCUGAAACGUGUGUCUAACGACGAAGAAAUUCCGCCAGAGGUAUGGUAUCUACCGCACUUCCCCGUGGUACGAAUGGAUAAAACAUCGACAAAGGUGCGAAUCGUGUUCGAUUGUUCUGCAAAAACGGACGGAGUUUCGCUAAACGACGUGAUUCACGCAGGUCCAAAAUUACAACAGGACCUGUUUGACGUGUUAAUUCGUUUCCGUCGAAACCCAAUCGCGCUCGCGUGUGAUAUUAGAGAAAUGUACUUACAAGUUGAGAUCAUGGAGAACGACCGACGUAUGUUUCGAAUCUUAUGGAGAGACCUGGACAGUGAUCGGGAACCUGAUGUUCUCGAAUUCAGCCGCGUAGUCUUCGGAAAGAAUGCUUGCACCAAUGGAAUGCCAGUUCGUUAUUCAAGAAAACGCCAGACGGAACCAAAGUUCAUAUCCAAUGGCAGCUGA